AUGGCCCUUCCGUCUGCAUACCGCGAGAACCUUGAAGCGGCCCUCGACCCCAGCCGCCAGAAAGGCCAGAUCUUCAAACUUACAGCUCCAGCUGAUGAGCUUGGCUGCGUUGACUUCGGCUCCAAUAACACCCUUUCCCUUGGUGGGAGUGCAGCCACGCGCGAGGAGUUUCUCCGAGAGCUUGCACGGAAUCCUAACUUUGCUAUCGGAACCGGUGGCAGUCGCCUUCUGGGUGGAACCACUCAGUAUAUCGACGAGCUCGAACGAGAUUUGGCCCAUUUCUAUAAUGCAGACGAGGGCUUGAUCUUACCCUCCGGAUAUGAGGGCAAUGUUGCUAUUCAUGCGACUCUUCCGCAGACGGGAGAUGCCAUUCUUCACGACGCAAAGAUCCAUGCCAGCACGCGGGAUGGCAUGCGUUCCUCAAAAGCACACAUCAUCCGACCAUUUGCACACAACGACCCGCAGUCCUUGUACGACGUUCUCGAGGAAGUCAAGUUACUGGAGCCAGCAAUUGCCGAUGGGCUCAAUACCGUCUUCGUGACGAUUGAAUCUAUCUACAGCAUGGACGGGGACGUGGCGCCCGUGGCUGAGAUCGUAAACGAAGCGAAACGGGCCUUGCCGAAAGGCAAUCUAGUUAUGAUCCUUGACGAGGCUCACUCCCAUGGUAUUGUCGGGCCAAGUGGAGCUGGUCUAGCCUGUCAGCUGGGUCUAGAGCAUGAGUUUGCUGUCCGGUUACACACCUUCGGCAAGGCCAUCGGAGCGGGUGGUGGUAUUAUUCUCUGUGACGGUCUGAUCAAAAGAUAUCUUGUUAGCCAUGCGCGGAACUUCAUGUUCACCACGGCUCCGGCCUUCACUUUCUUUGCCACCAUCAAGGCUGCGGUCACUGUUAUGAUCAGCGAGGAGGGUGACUGGCGCCGAAAGCAACUUCAAGACCGGAUCCACCACUUCUAUGACCUUCUCUUCCACCAUCCCCAAUGGGAACAUGUUCGCAGAUCCGGAAUCCUGAGCAUUCCCACCACUGAACAUUUUGCCAAGGGCUCUUCGUUUCUUGUACCCAUCAUCCCCAUCAUCACACAGCCAGGCUACAGCCACGAACUCGAGAAGUGGCUCCUAGACCGCGGCAUGCACACGCAUGGAGUGCGGUAUCCCGUUGUGCCUAUGGCGAAGGAGCGGGUCCGAGUCAUGAUGCACGUUGAAAAUACAGUAGAUCAGAUUGAAGCGUUGGUCAAAUCGAUCAUCGAAUGGGCGGACCAGUAUGCGCCGUCCCUAUCUCCAACUACAUUCAAGUUACGCCUGUGA